UCAGUAGCUUGUUCAACUUCGCUUCACGUUCGCGAACGUGAGAGAGAGACUAUUUUCUCGUCAUCCAAACACCCACACUUUCUGGAUAUAUUCUUCCGAGUCCAACAACUCACACUUAUUUUCAACAAUUCUUUUUUCUCUCAUACUCUCUCUCCCUCGGAUUUUCCCACCCUCCUUCAUUCACUGACUCACUUUCUCCCUCCUCUUUUUUCCCUCAUUGUCAAUUUAUUCUGACAUAAACUUUUAUUACUCAAAAAAUCAAAUUUUCCGAUUAAUACAAUUUAUUUAAAAUACUUUUUUUUCUUUUUUUUUCUGAAAAAGAAAAAAAUGUAAUUCUUUAAUGGAGGAGGGGGAAUUAUGCCAAAUUGGAUUUCGUGGGAGUUAUUUUUGAAGAUUUGUCAAGUUUUGUUGAUUAUUUUGUUCUACUUGUUAUUGAUAUAAUUUAAUUUGUAAAAAUUUGAAGAGUGAAAUUGAAGGGGGAGAAAAAAAACGUGCAACUGUAACUAAAGUCGCAUGAGAAGUGCUACAGUUCUAUAAUGUAUAAUAUACUCGACAGUAAUUGUAUGUGGAUCCGUGUUUCUUGAGUCAGUCGUCUCGUAACACGCGUCAGCCUCAAUCAGAUAUUCUUGUCUUUUGCUUCAUCGACUUCUGGUCUCACCUCACUGCACACUUGUGUGAAAUCAAAACACGACUACUUAUUAUUCGAAAGUGAUCCUCAUAUUAUACGGAUUUGAUACUUUUCUCUGUAAUUCCGAAUGGAACCACCGAGGGUAUAUUUCAAACAAUGCUGAAAAAAUUCAACCUUAAAGGAGUUAUUUAAAUUUUGAAAAAAUUUCCACGAUGCCUUGAAAUCUCCGUCCUUUUUUGCUAAAAUAAAAAAAAAAAGAAUAAAAAUUAUUGUCAUCAAUAUUGUGCGUAAACAUUACGCAGAAUGAAAUCUUCUCUUCGCCGAAAGAAAUCACUUAUGAAGGGUCAAAAUAUUCGGCAAAAGACGAGACCCCUACAUUUUUGGAAUAAUUCAACAUCAAGUAGUAUUCUCAAGAGGAAAAUUAGAUUUGACAUCUAGUAAAAUUUUUGCUAGAAAAAUAAAGUACACGCGCAAUUGUGCGUGUAUUCUUCGACAAUUCGUAUGGCGAUAAUUUUAAAUGCAAUCGACACUUGGAUUCAAUGUCGUAAAAUAAUUUAUUGCUCACACUGACUGAAAGAAUAAAUUCGUCAUCACAAAUUGAAGCUCAAAAUUAUCCAUUAAUGAAUCGAGUUCGCUUUGGAUAAUUUUUCUUUUGCCUUAAUUUAUCGGUUUUGUAAAAAAUUAUUUUUAUGAAACAAUUAUUAUAAAAUAAUUUCUAAUAAAAAAAAAUUUUUAUAAAAUUAUUUCUAUAAAAUAAUUUUUAUAAAAUAAUUUUUUUAAAGAAAAGUAAAUUGCGAUUUAGAGAUUUUAUAAUGGAAGCUUCUGCUGUUCCUCAUUUGGGACAAGCGGCGUCUGCCGCGUGUUCUAUGGCAACAACUUUUCUCGCACCAGUGAAAACUGAGAGGCAAAUUUAUGAAAAUUCAAUGCUUGAAGAUGAUCCGAAUGCUAAUUCGGUUGUUCCCAGUUUAGUUGAGGACGAGGAUGAUAUGAAAACGCCGAGAUGGGGACCUAGUCAUAGAGGAGCUCAGGAGCUGGCAAAUUUAUACAGUACAGGUAAAAGAACACAAGAAUGCGUCUGUCUUGGAGUUUGUAUAACAUUAAUGGCUGUCAAUUCAUUUUUUAUUCUCGUUCGAAUAAGAUUGGAAAAUUUGAGUUCAAUUGCGAUUGCAGCAUUAUGUGGAGUUGUUACCGCCGAUUUUGCCUCUGGUUUCGUUCACUGGGCAGCUGACACCUGGGGAUCUGUGGAAUUACCAAUUUUAGGAAAAAAUUUUAUAAGACCUUUUCGGGAACAUCAUAUUGAUCCAACAAGUAUAACCAGACACGAUUUUAUAGAAACAAAUGGUGACAAUUUUAUGGUCACGAUACCAUUUCUCUGCAAAUUAACAUGGGACUUUCUCACCCUCUCAGAAUCGGAAAUUCAAAUGCGAUUUGUCUGGACGUGUUAUUGGUUUCAACUUGCAAUUUUUGUUGCAAUGACGAAUCAGAUACACAAAUGGUCACAUACGUAUUUUGGACUUCCGAGCUGGGUCGUGUGGCUCCAGGAACAUCGAAUAAUUUUACCAAGAAGACAUCAUCGUGUUCAUCAUGUCGCACCACACGAGACAUAUUUUUGUAUCACAACAGGAUGGUUAAAUUGGCCUCUAGAAAAACUCCAAUUUUGGUGUACACUUGAAAUAAUAAUUGAAAAAACAACAGGUUGUAAGCCAAGAGCUGACGAUAUGAAAUGGGCGCAAAAACGCUCUUGAGAUUAAAAACAAACAAAAAAUAGAUAAAAUAAGAAAGAAUAAUAUAUAUAAACUUAGUCAUAUUUUUUAUCUCAACUUUUACAUGUUUAGAAAAGGAAUACAUUAUUAUGUAUAUAUAUUUAAAGCACCGCAAUGAAAAAGACAAACUGACUAUGAAAAUUAACUAAUUUCUCAAAUAUUUUUCAAAAAAGAAAGUCCUAUCGAUUAGAUCUUUAUUUUUUUAAUCGUAUUAUACGUCCAUGGAAAUAAUUAAAUUUAUAAAAAUAAUUUAAUUUACAA